AUUUCUAUCCACACGAGAUCCGUUACAUAUUCAGGCUCACCAGAGAUCCAAUGGUAAAAAUUAACAUAUCGGAAAAAAUUUUUCUGUAACAUCAUUGAAAAAUUCAAUUGAAGUUGGGAACACUUCGAGGGGUAGGCAUAUCUCAUUUUUUUUACAUACAAGAAAUUUCGUAAACGGAACCAGAUCCGAUGAUAUAUUCUGAAUUGCUCGAGAUCCAAGACUGUAUAAAAAGAUGUUUAAUCAACUGGUAGAGAUCCAGCGGCGUUGCACGAUUUGCAUGAAUUCCUUUAAUUAACGUAUGAAAAUCAUUACGAUUUCGCAGGGCUUAUCGAGUGUGUAAAGUAAACAAAUAAUAAGCUGUUAUGUAGUUGCGAUCUAAGAUAUGUGAUAAGAAAUAAAUGGAUAUCUGCAUUCGAGUUGUUAUUUGAGAAUAUAGUAGAUAUUAUAUGGAACGAAAAUAUAGGUUGAAAAUAUUUGACUAAUAAAAUUCUGUACUUAUUUAUUCACCAUCAAAUUUUACAUGUUUCGUCAAAAUCACAAUCAUUACAAAUUGAAACAUACAAAUUCUUCUAGGUAAUAAAAUAAUUUUAAUCUAUUCAAAAAAUGGCAUUCUAGAGAUGAAUUCGAACUAUUCAAUUGUAUGAAUCAUUAAAAGCAUUCAGCGAAUCUUUCCAUCAACAAAAUCAUAUUUCAAAAUAGAAAGUAAAAUUUUGCCUUACUUUCUUAUGGCAAAUGAAUGAAUAAUUAUUAGAUAUUAUUAUUUUAAAGAAAAAUUCAAACUAUUCAAUAUUGUAUAAAUCGUUAUGAGCGUUUUGAAAAUUACUUCAAUAACUAUAGAGUAAUCGUGAGAAACAAAAAUUAACGAGCGCUCGAAAGUUAAUUCCUAAAAAAAUUAAGAAGAAAGCAGUAACAUAAAGACAGGAGUCUUUAGUUCUUUUGCCAAUGGUUGAAAAUAUUAUGAAAGAGGUAAUUCGUUGUUUCACUUUGAUAAAUCAAGUUGAAUCUUAGAUGACUCUUUUUCUAUAAUUCCUAGUAAAAUUCAUGAUCUGACUCACUUUCUUGUGCCAAUGUUUCAGUAGUAUAAAAUGAAGGAGGUAAUUUGUUGUUUCACUUCAAUAAAUUGUGAAACAACAAAUUACCUUCUACUCAAUUGAGUAGAAACGCAUUAACAUAUAUGAAAAAAAAUUAAACCAGAUGUUAAAUUAUGUAUAUUGCUAAAUUUGAGUAUUCUAUAUAAAAGGUAAUCAAGUAACAAUAUCAUUCAGAAAACGAUAUUCCAAGUUUCCAAGUAUCAAUAAACAUUUUUAGGCAUCCUCAACUUUGAGAAUCAUUUAGUAAAUUCAGCUCUGAAAUAACAUAUCUACAUCUACGAAUAAAUCAUCAAACCAAAUGUUGAAGCAAAUUCAUAUUGGCUCAAUUAUGAGUAAUCAGAAUAUUUAUUUCAAUUUAUUUUGCAGGGUCUUUCGAAAAACUUACUUGUAUAUUUUUCAAUCUUGAUUCAAAAACAAAUGUCUGAGAUAAUGGAGAAGAAAAUAAAAAAAAUUAUGUGAUAAAAUUUGAAGAACCAGUUGUAUUUGUGAGGAUUAUUUUUUUCAACAAUUUGAAUGCUCAAUAUUUUAUUGAGUGAUGGCACUGAAUCGGUUUGUGUUCAUUUCUCAAUAAUGAUUGGCUGGAAUAGUGCAUUGCUAUUAGUUGAAAACACCAAAAUGUCAUAUUUUGACAUGUGGAAAAAAUAAUCAAGUAAAUAUGCUUCAAUUCAUGAUUAAUCAUGAAUUCGUUCAGAGUUUUGAGCGAAUGUCAUCCAAAGAUGUUCUAGAAAGAGUUGGUACACCCAUUUGAAAUUUUAUUCUGGCACAUAUUCCCAAAACUACACCGUCAACUGCGUUGAAAUCGGUUACAUGAUGGUAAAAAUGUUUUAAGGGGGCGUUAAAGUAAAGAAUUACCCUGCUCACCAGGAUCAUAUCACUUGAAUAUAAAUUGGGCAAAUCAUAGUGGAUGUUUCGAUUAAUUUUUAAUUAAUGGUUUAGUUCAGUUUAAUUCAUUCAGCAAUGCAACAUCAACAACAAAGGUCAUCAACUGGAGAGGUGGGAACUCAUUGCAUCAAACAGAAAAGUAGUUCUAGAUAUUCUAACAAUCUAUUCAUCGUACAGUCCAUUGGGAACAAGAGAAUCUUUGUUCUACUCGAUUGUGGCCAUAAGGCAGUAUUGGGUAUUCGUCACUUACAGAGAUCCGCGAUCUCAACUUGUUGUAAUUUGUCAGUGAUCAUUGGUUGGUGUAGGAUCCCUAUUCUUGACUAGUGAAUUAUUUGAAUAAAAGGUGGAUUCUCUCUAGAUAUAGAAUAGAACAAAGGAAAAAAUCUGUAAAUUUUCAUAAUGUCUUUCGAAUCUCGAAAGUUCUUCAGAUCGACACGAAGUCGGAAAAUUGUAGAAUUAGCUACAUCAAAAAUUAGCUAUAAAGAUGAAUCAACAGUGACAAAUGAAUAUGAUUUCGUGGAGGAUACUAAUGAUCCUUGGCAUAAUUACAAAUUGUGGAAGAAUUCUAAGAAUGUCGAGAAAGAAAUCGAGGUUUUCACCAAAAAAGGAAAUGAGAAGAGACAUGAAGCUAUGUCUUCCUCGAAAUCAUCAUUAUUGAACGGAACGGUGGGUACUGAAGGAACAGUCGAAGAAGGAGCAGAAGAAAUGCAUAGAGCUAUGUCUUGCUCGCAAUCGUCAUUAUUUAACAUGGAAAUAGAUACUGAAGGAACAGCCGAAAGAGGAUCUGAAAAAAUUCUUGAAACUAUGUCUUUUUCGAACUCAUCAUUAUUUAACGCGGAAAUGGGUAAUGAAGGAACAGUCGAAGAAGGAGCUGAAGAAAUACAUGAAGCUAUGUCUUCCUCGAAAUCAUCAUCAUCAUCAUCAUCAUCAUUUUCUGAGAGAGAGAGAGAAAAAUCAAAUGAAAUAAAAAAAAAGAGAAGACCUAUUUUUGUAUUGCAAGGAGAUUACUCCAUCGAGUUUAGUAGGAGAGAGAGAAGGAUUUGGGAUAAGAGAGAUCGCUGUGUUUACUGCAAUGAGGAUGUCACAAAUUUUUCCAGACAUCUUUUCAGGAAACAUUCAGAAGAAGAAUGCGUCAAAAAAAUUUUAAACUUUCCCAAGAAUCAUUCGAGUAGAAAAAAAUUAAUCAAUUCAUUGAGAAAAGAUGGUAAUUUCAGUCUUUAUAUAGAAAACACUAUAAGACCUGUUCAAAGGCCUUCAACUUUGACAUCAGGAAAUCUCAAUUAUUAUCCUUGUAAGUAUUGUAAAGGAUUUUAUAAAAAAAAAUCCCUUGGGAAACAUAUUAAAAUAUGCGAAAUGCGAAAUGAGAAUGUUAGUCAAAGAAAUAGAUACUCUAGUGAAGGAUUGAUGAUGCUCGCAUUCGAGGAAUCAAAAAAAACAUAUUUGGACAAAUUGCGCCUGAAAAAAGAAGUCUUUUCUACAAUGCAUGCUGACAGAAUUGCUUUGGAAGGGAUGAGAGAUCCUAUUGCAUGUCAAUAUGCUGAAGAUUAUUUGAAACAACAUAGGAGACCACAUAUAAAAAAUUUAGUAAGCAAUAAAAUAAGAGAAUUAGGAAGACUAAUCAUUCAAUUAAAAGACGUUUUCGGCCUAAAAUCGAUAUUGGACUCAUUAAAACCGGAACAUUUUGAUAAAAUGGUCUCUGCUGCUAGAAUUUUGGCCGGUUAUAAUGAGUCAUCAAAAAAUUUUCAAGCUCCUUCCUUAGCAUUACAUUUCAGAACCAUAUUAGUCCAAGUUUGUUCGACCGCUGAAACAAUGAUACUCAAGAAAAAUCCAUUGAUCAAAAUUGAUAACAUAAAUAAAACAUUGAAAGAUAUCAGAAAUUUCAAAACAUUAGUUGAAUCCAAUUGGAAAUUCGAAAUGGGAAGUUUAGCCCUUAAAGACCUGACAGAAAAACAUUCUACAAAUAUACAGAAGCUGCCACUCACAAAGGAUCUUAUUCUAUUCAACAAAUAUUGUUAUCAAAUUGCCGAUCGAGCUAAAAACGACCUUCAAUCAGACAUAAAUAAUCUAGGAGCUUUCAAAAAACUUUCGGAGACAGUAUUGGUACUGACUAUCUCUAUCAACCGCAAAAGAGUGGGGGAUGUCCAAUACACUAAAAUUGAAACAUAUACUAAAAAUCAUGGAAAUAAUGACUGUUUAGAUAUCUUGAGUGAGUCCGAAAAACAAAUAACCAAAUUUUUCAAAAGAAUAGUAACUAUUGGAAAAGGGAGUCGAGCUGUUCCUUUACUGUUCCCAAAAAAAAUUCAGGAAUAUAUUGAAAUUUUGCUUAGCGUCCGAAAACAAUCGACUUUAGUUCCUCAAGAAAAUCCAUAUUUAUUCGCUCUAGCUGGAAGUUCAUCAAAAUGGAUCGAUGGGCCAAGUACGUUGAGGAGAUAUGCUAAAUCAUGUGGUGCCGAAAAUCCAGAGACUAUAACUUCUUCCAGACUAAGGAAACAGAUAGCUACUGUUCUGCAAAUUUUGAAUUUGAGUGAGGUAGAAAUGGAACAAAUAGCAAAAUUUAUGGGCCAUACGAAAAAAACACAUGAACAAUUUUACAGGUUACCUCAAGAUUUGUUUCAAACCUCAAAAGUGGCAAAGUUACUAUUGAUGACGAUGGAAAAAGGCAUAAGUACCGAAGAACAAGGAAAGACAAUUGAAGAAAUUGAUUUUGAAUUAGGAACUUGGGGAGAAAAUGAAAAAAAUGUAGAUAAUGAGGAUGCAUCUGUUUUGCCUCCCGAUGACUCUACAAUGGAGAUUCAAGAGAACCCAUAUGAAUCGGAACUGAGAGUUUCUGAACUGACAAUAGCUAGAGAUGACUUCAAAGACCGCAAAAAACAUCUUCGAGGGACAUGGGAUAAGGACCAGAAAAAAAUAAUGCAGCAAUACUUCAAAAAUCAUAUCAAGAAAAAGAUUGCACCGAGAAAAGGAGAAUGUUUAGAAUUCAAAGAGAAAUAUUCGGAGAAAUUUGAAAAUAAGUCUUGGUUACAGAUCAAAACAUUCAUAUAUAAUAGUUAUAGGGUGAAUUGAAAAAAGUUUAUAAUGCUGUGAGGUUUCAAAAUGAGGAAAUGACUCAACAUUCUUUCGAUAUUUCGAAAGCAAUUAUUAAUUCUAUAAGUAUUGAAAAUUUCUCUAUCUGUAUUUCAAUAAUUUGUGAUUAUGUAAACAAUAAAAAAUGGUCUGAAUGAA